UAAAUCGUGGUGGUCAAAUGCAAAGCAAAGAGUACACAUAAAACGAAAACGGAGAUGUUAAAAAUAAAGUAGCGAAAACGGAAACAAUAAUUUAAAUUGCGAGUGGUAAUCAAGCGGAUUAAGCAUAGUUACAGUCCCACACUAACUUUGGCUUGCGGGACAACACAAAUAAUAAACUACGCACCGACAACACAGAGAGAGAAUCAGCACACCGACCGACCGACGUACAUACGAUUAACGCCUUCCUCCCUACGCUCCGCACCUUUGGCACCCAGCACACACAAACACACACACACACUCACUCAAUCAUUAUCAUCAUCACAUCACACAGGCAAAAAGGCACAAGGCACACAUAAACACACACUUAUCUAUACACCGCAUUAAAAAAAAAACGCCAACCGACCGUUGCUGCCCCUCAGCUGCACAGCCGCUGCACCUCAUCAUACCAUACCCCCUUGCCAUAAACUUCAACUUUGUUUGCUAUUGUUGUCUGCUGCUGCUGCCAUUUGUUUUGUUUCCUUAAAUGUGAACGAACAACAUACACACACUACUCUCCCACACACUCACGGACACACACACACAGACGUACGCACGCACGCUUACAAACUGUCGCGCGAAACACGAAGGAGCGAACAAAGACAACUUAAAAAUAAAACUCAACAAGCAACAACAACAACAACAACAAGAACAGCCAGUGUGAGAAACAAUAAUACCAACAACAACAAAAAACAAAGCAAAAGUGCAAUAGUGCUAUCAUUAAUAUCAGUGAUCUCUUGAACGCGGGCGGGCGCACGGGGCAGGCAGCCGAGGGCUGAGGGCAGAGGCCGUGUGAGAAAAAUCAUUCGAACUCUAUGGGUCAAAAGGCAAGCACACCAGCGACCAGCGGCCAACAGAGCCCACGCUCCAGAACAUUCUCUAGCAGCUCAACUGGAGCUACUGCCACGGACACAUCGCCACCGAAUUCAGCGGUGGGUAACCGCGGUGGCGAUGCCGGACAAGGAUUCAAUUUGCUGCGUACACUGCCGGGACUACAGGUGUAUCAUCAUCAGCAGCAGCAGCAGAGCUCCACAACCAUAGACCGACAACGAGCGCGUAGUCUCAGCUCUGUGCCGGAUAUACAACAGCAACAGCAGCAGCAGCAACAACAACAGCAGCAGCAGCAGCAACAACAACAGCAGGGAUCGACAACAUGCCCGCAUACGCAUCCCGCCGUCUCAGUCUCUGUGUCAGCAACUCCAAACAGCAACAGUUUCGGAGCAGCUGUGAACAACAACAGCUCGACGGUAGCCGCACAAAACUACAUGCAACAGCGACGUGCUCUUGGUGAUUCCAUACGCGAUAUGACUGGCGCAAAUAUAGUCGAGAGCAUUGUACUGGGCGCAUCCGCAGCCUCUGCGAAUGGCAUUGGACGUGUCUAUACAGCGACCUCACUUCCAUCGCACAUUUGGUCCUUUAAUGGUAUCAAGUGCCCUGUGUGCAAUAAGUUCGUAUUGCCAGACGACAUUGAAUGCCAUUUAGUGAUGUGCCUAACAAAACCGCGUCUUUCAUAUAACGAGGAUAUAUUGUCGGACGCCAAAGGUGAAUGCGUCAUUUGCCUUGAAGACUUGAGUCCGGGUGAUACUAUUGCUCGUUUGCCAUGUUUAUGCAUAUACCACAAAGGCUGCAUUGAUCGUUGGUUUGAGGUGAAUCGCUCUUGUCCCGAGCAUCCAGGAGAUUAGUAAAGAAAAAAUCGAAUUAGGAUAGUAAACAAAAGGGGGGCCGUUAACCAGUUGAUGCAUCGAGAGAGCAGAGGCUACUAUGAAAAUUAUAAUAAAGCAAACAUUUAAUUCAAAUAGAGAGUGGGAUCGAGCUAUCGAUCGUUUGACCUACCGACCGACUGUUGAUGGAAAUCCAAAACUAACACAACCACACACACACACACGCAUACAAAUGAUAAACGAAAACCACAACCAACCCACAAAUGAUAAUAACAAGAGAAAAAAAACAAAUGUUUAUGUAUUGUUGAGAUGAUAACGAUGAGAGAAUGAUAAUGAUGAUGAUGAUGAUGAUAAUGAUAAUGAUGUAUGUAAGCGAAGCAACCAACCAACCAACAAAAGAAUGUCAACCAAUGUGAUGUUAAAUUUUAUAUUUUGUACUAUGGAUAUGAUGUAAUUGUAAUGUAAUGUAUAUGUAUGU